AGAGCCCCAUUCCCGGAAGUUGUGACUUUAGAAGCUAGGUUUCUGUCUCCCUGCACCCCGAAUCCACGAACCCUCCAUCAUGAGUGCCUCGGGGGUGCUGUCCUUCGCGCAGCAAGCCUGGGAGCAGGUCCUGGCGAAAGUAAAACGCGCUGUGGUCUACCUGGAUGCCGCUUGCGCCGAGAGCUUGCACUGGAGCUGUGGGUCUCCACGACUGCUGGAGGCCGUGGGGAGUUCUGCUUGUCAUCUGCGGGAAUUCGGACCCGAAGCCGUGGGAGGAGGAGCAGAGCAGCCCAAGGCGGUGUUUGUGCUCAGCUGUCUGCUCAAAGGCCGGACCAUUGAGACCCUCCGGGACAUCCUCAGCCGCAGUCACUUCCAGUACUGUGUUGUGGUGACAGCCGUGAGCCACGCUGUCCACCUCACUGCCAAUCAUGUGCCAGCCGCGGCCGCCGCCGAGCUGGAGGGGCAGCCGGUGUUCGAGCAGCUGGAAGAGAAGCUGUGCGAGUGGAUGGGCAACAUGAACUACACAGCCGAGGUGCUCCACGUCCCCCUGUUGCUCGCCCCCGCUGCGCCCUAUCUUGCCCUGACUCCAGCUUUCGCUGCCCUUUUCCCACUCAUGCCCCAGGAUGUGGAGGUCCUGAACAGCGCUCGACCAGACAAAAAGAGGCUCCUGGGUGGCUUGGGCGAGAUGGAUGCCUCUGCCCUUCCCCCUGAGUUGUUGCUGCAGAUCAGGUGCCUGGUGUCAGGCCUCAGUUCUUUCUGUGAGCAUUUAGGGGUCAGAGAAGAGUGUUUCGCCGUAGGUGCCCUCAGUCGUGUCAUAGCUACAGACCUUGCCAACUUCGCCCCUGCCAAGAACAGGAGGAAGGCUGCCAUAGGCAGGGCAUCUAUUGUCUUUGUGGACAGAACUCUGGAUCUGACAGGAGCAGUGGGACAUCAUGGAGAUAACUUGGUGGAGAAGAUCCUUUCAGCGCUUCCACAGUUUCCUGGCCACACGAACGAUGUGAUGGUCAAUAUGACUGAGCUCACAGCCCUCCAGGCUGAAGAUGAGAAUCAGAAUGUGGUUGCACCAGGCUGUUUGGCACAAUCCCAUGACACAGCAGCCAGAGCCCUGUGGGAAGCCUUACUGAAUACCAAGCAUAAAGAGGCAGUGAUGGAAGUUCGGAGACAUCUAGUGGAAGCAGCCAGCAGAGAAAACUUGCCAAUAAAGAUGAGCAUGGGAAGAGUUACUCCAGGGCAGCUCAUGUCCUAUAUUCAGCUCUUCAAGAACAACCUCAAAGCUCUUGUGAAUCACUGUGGACUCCUGCAGCUUGGGUUGGCCACAGCUCAAACUCUGAGACACCCACAAACUGCAAAGUGGGACAACUUUCUAGCUUUUGAAAGGCUCCUUCUCCAGAUCAUUGGGGAGUCAACAAUGGCAGUUGUGUUAAAUCAGCUGUUGCCCUUAAUCAAACCUUUGAGCCAGAGGACCAAUGAUGACUAUAGCCCUGAAGAGCUCUUGGUCCUCCUGAUAUACAUUUAUUCUAUCACUGGAGAGUUCACAGUGGAAAAUGAAACGGUUGAAGCAGAAGAAAACGUGAAGGACGCCUUGGCUCAAGUCUUUUGUGAGGAGUCUGAAUUGUCACCUUUGCUUCAAAAAAUCACAAGCUGCGACUCUUCAACUGACCUGACAUUUCCCAAAUCCAGAGUUGCGGUGGAUAAACUCUUUGCUUCACUUCGGGACAUUGCUGGAGCGCGGGCACUUAUGAAACAGUUUAAGUCUGUCUAUGUUCCUGGAAGUCAGACACAUCAGGCCUCCUAUAAGCCACUGUUGAAGCAGGUUGUGGAGGAAAUAUUUAAUCCUGAGAGAACAGAUCCAGUAGAUAUUGAACACAUGUCUUCUGGCCUAAGUGAUCUCCUGAAAACUGGAUUCAGCAUGUUCAUGAAGGUAAGCCGGCCUCAUCCCAGCGACCACCCUCUUCUGAUCCUCUACGUGGUGGGCGGCGUCACAGUCUCUGAAGCCAAAAUGCUCAAAGACCUUGUUCCUGCCCUAAAGCCAGGAACCCAGGUGAUGGUGCUGUCCACACGCCUUCUGAAGCCACUUAACAUUCCUGAGCUGUUGUUUGCAACUGAUCGGCUGCACCCAGAUCUUGGCUUCUGAGCCUCUGCGAUGCAGAUACCCACCAAAACUGGGAAACUUGCCUUGACUGUGACCAAUCAAGCUCUGCCUCCAAAUCUGAUGUCCCUGAUGUUACCCACAGUGGGUAUGUUUGGAUUCUGCCCACAAGAUUUUUGUCACCACGCAGCGAAGUCCUUUGCUGAAGGUGGCUGCUAUUCUUGGGGGGGGGGGGGAGUUUUUAAUUUUUCUAAAGACAUCCAACUGUUUUUCAGUUGGCCUGAUGCGUGAUAAUACCCAUUUAUCCUUCACCCUCUCUUUAAGAAGGUCUUUAUUCCACCUGGAAGUUCAUUCAUCCUAAAUAAAUGCCUGUUGCUUGGUG